ACCGGAUGUGACGUCACUGAGGUACCGGAAGUGACGGUAGGGAAGAUGGCGGCACCGAGGGAUCCUGUGGGGGAGGCCGCGUUUGCGCGGCGCAUUGACCCGGAGCAGGAGCCGGGGCUGAGCCCUGAGCAGCGCCGUUUCAUGGCGCAGGUGGAGCGCGCCCAGCGACAUCGCGCCUUGCAGCGCCAGCUCCGCAGCCGCAACGUGUUGCUGGCGCUCGGCAUCGGCAUGGUCACCGCGGGCAUCUACGGGUACACCUUCUACUCAGUGUCGCAGGAGCAGUUUCUGGACGAGCUGGAGCAGGAGGCGGAGGCGGCACGGGCGCGGGCCUGGGAGCGGCAGAAGAGCGCCGCGAGCUGAGCCCGGCCUGGCCCGGAGCCGGCGAUGGCCUCGAGGAGACCGGAGAGCAGCCGAGAACUGCGUGGGGCUCCCUGGGCCUGCGUGGCUUCGCGGCUUGUGGCAGCGCCAGGGCUCCCUGCAGGCAGGGUUCUUCAUCCGGGAGCGCAGUGGGGUCCUGGCUAGGAACAUGCUCUCAGAGUGGGAUCGAGCCCCUGCUGCCCUUCCACAAUAAACACUGUGUCUGGA